AUGUUGCCGCUGAGCAAGAAGCUUACCAGGACUCCCAUAGGCACAAAACAGAUCUUCAACAUGGCCCCUCAGGGUGCUGCUGGCUCAUCUCUAGCGGGGUUCAAGCUGAUCAUUCUUGACGAGGCCGAUGCCAUGACCUCUACCGCCCAGAUGGCCCUGCGUCGUAUCAUGGAACGCUACACAGCCAACACCCGAUUCUGUGUUAUCGCCAACUACACACAUAAGCUGUCACCGGCCCUCCUCUCCCGGUGUACUCGGUUCCGUUUCAGCCCACUGAAGGAGGCUGAUAUUCGCACCAUUGUUGACCAAGUCAUUGAAAAGGAAGGUGUACGGAUACAGCCUGAAGCCGUCGAUAGUCUAGUCACCCUGAGCAAGGGUGAUAUGCGACGUGCGCUUAACGUGCUCCAGGCUUGCUUUGCCAGCAGUAUCCCACUUCCCAUGAGAGAUGCCCCCAAGGCUCCUCGCCCUGAGCCAGAGACGAUCACUAACGCGACUAUUUACGACUGUAUUGCGGCACCACACCCAUCGGACAUCCAAGAAAUCAUGUCCAUCAUUCUGUCUACCAGCGACGUGACCUCCUGUUUGAGUACCGUGCGCACGCUCAAGACUACCAAAGGUCUGGCUCUCGCGGACAUUCUGUCCGCGCUGGCCGACCAACUUCAACAGCUGGAAGUCCCAGCGCAAACCCGCGUCACCUGGUUGGAAGGUCUGGCUGAAAUUGAAUGGCGACUGGCUGGUGGUGGCUCCGAAGCCAUUCAAACCGGUGGUCUGGUUGGAGUUGUACGCAACGGAUGUGAACUCAUGGGCGACAAGGGCGUAUCAAUGGCAUAG